GCUCAUCUCUCUCUCUCUCUCUCUCUUUGCUCAAGGAUCUAUUUUGUUCCUUAUCGUCUUUCUUGCGCGUUCUUUUUUGAAGCAGAUUUUCCACCAGCCAAGAAAGAGAGAUAAAAGGAGUCACUAAGAAGAUUGCAAACCCUAGAAAGUGGAAGAAGAACUCUCUCAGUCAUCGUUUUUUUUUCUUUAAUCUGAUUCAAGCCUAGAAUUCAUUUGCAGCACCGAGGGUUGUGUGUUUGAAGGUUUAAGGAAGGGGUAUAUCGGUUGCAAGGGUUAGUUUGUGGGGUUAUUCAACUUGGUGCUCAAUUUUUCUUUGAGCUUUUUUUGUGUGAUUAUUUGCCUUGCGAAUCAUAGUUCUGGUCUUUGUGGUAGAUUUUUGGUUCGUGAAAUUGAUUGCCGAGUAUUUGGAAUUGGAAAUGGAAUUGGUCGUGGUGGUGGGGGCGAGGUGCUAGGGUUUUUAUACUGGUUUUUGUGUGUGUGUUUGUGGGGCACCCGUUGUUCGUUGAUGCUCAUGCAAUUUUCUUGCUUUUCAUGCCGCCAGAACCUUUGCCGUGGGACAGGAAAGACCUCUUCAAGGAGAGGAAACACGAGAAGUCGGAGGCCAUAGGGUCUGCGGCCAGAUGGCGGGACUCUUAUCAUGGAUCUCGCGAGUUUAAUCGGUGGGGUUCUGCUGACUUACGAAGACCUACUGGUCAUGGUAAGCAGGGUGGUUGGCAUCAGUUUUCUGAAGAAUCUAGUCACGGUUAUGGGCCUUCUCGGUCAUUCAGUGACAGGGUGUUAGAAGAUGAGAGCUUCCGGCCGUCUGUUGCUCGUGGAGAUGGAAAAUAUAUUAGAAUCGGUAGAGAAAGUAGAGGUUCUUUUAGUCAUAGAGACUGGAGAGGUCACUCCAGGGAGACCAACAAUGGAUUUGGGAACUCAUCGCGAAGGCUAUCAUCGCAGGAUGUGAGUUCUGAUCAGAGGUCCGUAGAUGAUACGGUGACAUAUUCCUCUCCUCAAUCUGUUCAUGGGUUGGAAAAUGGCCCGAGAUCUGACGUGGAAGUGCCCCUUGGCUCCACUGAUUGGAAGCCACUUAAGUGGUCCAGAUCUGGGAGUUUGUCUUCUCGUGGAUCUGCUUACAGCAGUUCGACAAACUCGAAGAAUGAAAAGGCUGAUUUACCUCUUAGAGUUGCAUCUCCUAUAGAAAGCCCUUCUGCGGAAGCUACUGCCUGUGUGACAUCUUCUCUGCCUUCUGAAGAUGCAAUUUCUAGGAAGAAGCCAAGGCUUGGAUGGGGUGAUGGAUUAGCCAAGUAUGAGAAAGAAAAAGUUGAGGUCCCCGAUGGAAGUCUGAGAAAGGAAGUGGCUCUUAUUUCAAGCGGUAGUGCUGAAUUAACUCACUCCCUUGGUUCAAAUUUUGCUGAGAAAAGUCCCAAAACUUUGCCCUUUUCAGAUUGUGCAUCUCCUGCAACUCCAUCCUCUUUUGCCUGUAGUUCAUCAUCAGGCUUGGAGGAUAAGCCAUUUAGUAAGGGAGCAAGUGCAGAUGGCAUGAUGUGUAGUUCACCUGGGUCCGGUUCACAAAAUCUUCAGAAGUUAUUGUGUAGUAUAGAGAAGAUGGAGAUUAGUUCAAUUGCUAAUUUAGGAUCUUCACUUGUUGAAUUGUUUCAUUCUGACCCGAGUACAGUAGAAUCAUGUUUUGGGAAGUCUACAUUGAAUAAGCUACUAGCAUAUAAAGGUGAAAUUUCAAAGACAUUGGAAACGACAGAGUCUGAAAUUGAUUCUCUUGAAAAUGAACUUAAGUCUUUGAAAUCUGGAAAUGGAGGCAAUGUUUCUCCUAAAAAAUAUUCCAGUGCCACACAUUUGGUGGAGAGUGGUACAUAUUUCAAAGAACAAGACGGUGUCUCUUGUAUUGUUCCUCGCCCUGCUCCCUUGGUGAUAGUUUCUUCUUCUGAUGCAACAGUUGAGAAGAUGCCAGUGUGCAAGGGUGACAUGGGAGUUGAAGAUGUUGAUACAAAGGUUGAUGAAAUUGAUAGUCCUGGAACUGUGACAUCAAAAUUUAAUGAACCAUCCCAAGUAGUAAAGGCUGUUGCUUCCGAUCUUGUGGAAAAUAGUCAUUGCUAUGAAGUUACAAAUGCAAUUGUCCCUGACAAGAUGGAAGGGAAUUUUCCAAUAUCUGGGCCUUCUGUGGAUGAACAUAAAACAAUUGGCUUUGGCAAUGAAUGCAUUCUUGCUAAGAGUUGUACCAGUGAAUCUAUGUAUGGUGAUUUGAUGGCCCAAGCUGAUAGUAGAUCAUCUCUUUGUGAUUUCAUUUUUGCAUGUAAUAAAGAAUGUGCAAGUAAAGCUGCAGAAGUAAUUUUUAAGAAAUUACCAGCGGAAAUGUGCAAGAUCAGCAGUAAAAGCACCAAAAUUCUGUCCUGCUCGGAGACGGAAAAACUUAUUAAAGAGAAAUUUGCAAUGAGGAGGCGGUUUUUUAAAUUUAAGGAGAGUGCAUUAACCCUUAGAUUUAAAGCCUUGCAACAAUCAUGGAAAGAAAGUCUGCUGCAUUCUGUAAAGAAAUGUCGUUCAAGGCCACAAAAAAAGGAGUUGAGUCUAAGGGUGACACAUUCUGGCCAUCAGAAGUACAGGUCUUCAAUUCGCUCCCUUUCGGUUCAGCAAGGAGCAUGUCAGAACUCUUCUCUUCACACAGAAAUCGCUGUUCGUCACUCCAGUAAGCUGCUGUUGAACCCUCAAAUUAAGCUUUAUAGGAGUACCUUAAAGAUGCCAGCUAUGAUUUUGGACAAGAAGGAUAAGAAGGCAUUGAGGUUCAUCUCUAAUAAUGGGCUGGUUGAAGAUCCCUGUGCUGUUGAGAAGGAAAGGAACAUGAUAAACCCCUGGACUUCAGCCGAGAGAGAGAUAUUCUGGGAGAAACUAUCGUUGUUUGGAAAGGAUUUCAAGAAAAUCUCUUCAUUUCUUGACCUAAAAACCACAGCUGAUUGUAUCCAGUUCUAUUACAAAAACCAUAAAUCUGAUAGUUUUAAGAAGAAUAAAAAUUUGGAGUUGGGCAAGCAAGUGAAAUCUUCUGCCAUCACAUACUUGGUAACAUCAGGGAAAAAAUGGAAUCCGGACGUUAAUGCUACCUCCCUUGAUAUUUUAGGUGUUGCGUCAGUAAUGGCAGCACAAGCAGACUAUGACAUUGGGAACCAGCAGAAAUGUACUCGCCAUUUGGGUAUGGGAGGGGAAGUUGAGUCAAAAGUAUCAUGGAGUGCUAGCACUCCUUCAAAUAAGAACAGUUUGGAUGCUCUUCAGACUGAAAAGGAAACAGUUGCUGCUGAUGUGCUUGCUGGUAUAUGUGGUUCAAUAUCUUCAGAGGCCCUGAGUUCUUGCAUUACAAGUGCUAUUGAUCCCAGUGAGGACCACAUGGAGUGGAAGUGCAAUAAAGUAGAUUCUGCAGCGAAAUUGCCUUCAUCGUCUGAUGUCAUUCAGAAAACUGAUAAUGAACCUUGUUCAGAUGAUAGUUCUGAGGAUGUAGAUUCUUCAAAUUGGACAGAUGAGGAGAAGUUGAUCUUCAUGCAGGCUGUAUCGUCCUAUGGUAAGGAUUUUGAUAGUAUCUCUAGAUGUAUCAGAUCAAAGUCUAGGGACCAGUGCAAGGUUUUCUUUAGCAAAGCUCGGAAAUGCCUUGGACUGGAUUCAAUGCAUACUUCUGGAGAUGUAGGCGAAACACCUGGAAGUGGUAAUGAUGGCAGUGGGAGUGGAACCGACAGUGAAGACCACUGUGUUGUGGAGAUAUGUGGAGCCCGUGGCAGUGAUGAAUUUGUCUCUGAGUCAAUCAACGGUGUAGCAACAUCUGUUAACGUAAAUCACGAAGAAUCUGUAUCUGCUGUGACUGUCAACAUGCGGACUAGUAGUGAAUUUGAGGAAAGUACAGAACUGCAACAGUCGGAUGAGAAUUGUCAGGCUGUCAGAAACUUGAUUUCUGAGACAUCGAAGGAAGAGGAUGUGCCUAGUCUAGACACUCGUUCUGCCUACAAUCUCACAAAUGCUGCUGCUGCUUCUCUGAGCCAGCCCGUGCAUGACCACAAAAUUGAAGGCUCUUCUGAAAAUACUGAAGGUGGAAGCAAGUGCUGUAAUGAACCUGAUAUUCUGAGAUCUGAAUCAGUGUCCACAUUAGAUGAAAAUUCAGCAGCUGUGAGUGAGAGCAGAGCUAUAGCGAAGCUUGUAUUUGGAGGAGAAGAAGAAGGAAGCAACACUAAUUUACAUGGUCAGAGUAUAUUGCAGGGCUCAGUUCAGGAUUCAACUGGCUUUGAUUCCAGUCUUGCCCCAGAGGGCAGUUCCGUAGGACCUGAUCCACAAAUCUUGCAUCCCAACAUUCUUAAAGUGGAACCUGCAGAGAAGAAGUCUUGUAUCGAGUCCGAGGAGAACUCUCUUGCUGUCAAGAAUUCUGAUCCCGGUGUCAUUAGAAGGGAAGAGGUGCUUAACCAAGAUAUAUUGUCAUCACCACUUGUUUUGCAGGAGGUUAGUGAUGCGCAUCAAAAAGCUAUGAAUAAAGAUGACCAUGCUGAGCACCAAAAUAAUUUGUCGCGCCAUAGUGAAUCAUCCAAGUUUCCAAGAAGCUACCCGUUCAAUAAACAAAAUUUUGAGGGCAUGAAUCAAAAUAUCAAUCACACAUAUUUUCCUGUUGUUCAAGGGCUGUCAAAGCCAGACAUCAAUUGUAACAGUACGUAUGUUGCUGAGGGCCACUAUCUUCAGAAUUGUAACAGUUCCAAGCCGCACAACCCGGCUGAGCUUCCUUUUUUGCCUCAGAAUAUCAAAUUUGGUCAUGGUCAUCAGAAGAACGCUUCAUGCAGUGGCAGUGCUUCAGCAUGCAGUGGCAGUGCUUCAGAUUCUGAUGUUCCACGCAGGAAAGGUGAUGUGAAACUGUUUGGUCAGAUACUAAGUCAUGCCCCUUCCCAGCAAAAUUCAAGUUCUGGUUCCAGCGAGUGUGGGGAGGAAAAAGGACUUCACAAGUCAAGCAGCAAAUCGUGCGACAUAGGCGAAAAUGUUCCGUUACGGAGUUACGGCUUUUGGGAUGGAAGCAGAAUACAGAUGGGUUUGUCCGCUUUGCCUGAUUCUGCCAUUUUACAGGCCAAGUAUCCUGCUGCAUUCAGUGGCUACUCUUCUACGUCUGUUAAAAAUGAACAGCAGCCAUUGCAGGCACUUGCAAAUAAUGGUGACCGAAGUCUUAACGGACUAGGCUCCGCUUUUCCAGCAAAGGAUGGAGUGGUUGAUUAUCAUUCGUAUAGAAGUCGAGAUGGUGUUAAGAUGCGACCGUUCCCAGUCGAUAUAUUCUCUGAGAUGCACAGAAGAAAUAGCUUUGAUGCUGUAUCCUUGUCGAGUUUACAACAGCAGGGAAGGGUACUAGUUGGAAUGAAUGUUGUUGGAAGGGGAGGGAUUCUCAUGGGUGGUUCUUGUACUGGUGUUUCAGAUCCUGUGGCAGCCAUUAAAAUGCACUAUGCCAAGGCCGAGCAGUACGUCGGGCAACCUGGUAGCACGUUUACCAGAGAAGAUGGUAGUUGGAGAGGAGGUAAUGGUGGAGAUUUAGGCAGCAGAUAGUAGAUGCGCACCGGGGGCCUCUGCCUGGUCGGGGAGGUCCUCACAUGUAUCAUAAUUAGUCUGUUUCAAGUUUUUGUUUUUGAAAAAAGUGGUAGGAGGGUAGAAGUAAUUUGAACCUAUGAGUUCUGAAAAAUCCAUCUUUUUGGUUGAAGAAAAAGGGAAGAGAUUUUAGGGGAAUGUAAUAUUGUAGCAGUCUUAUAUUUUUGUUGUAUUUGAUUGUUGUGACACAGAAAUAAUCUUCUAAAAAUGGGAGCGGGCAUAGUUACAGCUCAGCACCUGUUUCAGGUGGAUCCUUCAACUUUGAUAAUCUAACCCUACCUGACCCGCGACAUUAUCAAGUGGAGGUUAGUAGUUUUGGUCAGCUUCUCCUUUUCUUGACAUUUAUUCCCCCCCUUAUACUACUUGUAUGAAUAGGAAUUUAGGAGUAUUGUAUUUUGUAGGAUUUUGCCUAUAAUAUAGUCAUCCAAAAUUUGUAUUGUAUCAUAUUUCCUUGUUUGUAUUUGAGUUUUUGACUAAUUUGAAGAAUGAUUAGUCUUGGAAAUGGUACAAAUUAUUGACUGCUGCUUUUUCA